GCAAUCCAUUUAAAAAUCCUCUUAUUUUUGGAUCUUGGUCCACUCUCCACGAAGAAAUGGCAUCAGCUCAUGACAGGGCCGUUUUACAGGCCAUCUUUAACCCUACCAGCCCACUUGGAGAUAUUCCUGGAUUAAAUCAAGAAGAUGAUCUGAUAGAUGAUGACAGUGCUUUUGAGCCAGAGCUAGUGAAGCAGGUGAAAGAUCUGGAACUGCAGGGAGUUUCGGCUGCCGAGUCUGGAGACCUGCCCGCGUCUCUUCAGCAUUUUAACCAGGCCAUCAGAAUCCUUCCUCAAAGGGCUUCAGCCUACAACAACAGAGCCCAGACCAAACGCCUGCAGGGAGACACGAAAGGUGCAGUUGAAGAUCUGGAGCGUGCCAUCACUCUCAGCAGCGGCGUUGGGCGAUCGGCCUGCCAGGCUCUGGUCCAGCAUGGGCUUCUUCUCAGGUUGUCGGGUCAUGAUGAGGAGGCUCGGGUGGACUUUGAGAGAGCAGCGGCUCUAGGCAGUGAGUUUGCCAAGCAGCAGGCUGUGAUCCUAAACCCCUACGCUGCCCUAUGUAACCGCAUGCUGUCAGAGGUCAUCAAUAAACUACGCAACCCAGAAGUGUCAGAGAUGCAAUAGAGUAUGAGCAACAUACUCAUAAAUACUGUAUAUUCAUUGUAUUGAAACAAAAGCAUUUGUUUAUUGACUUUUUUAUUUUAACUGGUUUUCAUAAGUGAAUAAAGUCAAAGCUUUUU